AUGCAUGAAACGUCGCAGAAUCCGCUCGUCAAACUCAUUCGCGCCCUCGGGAUCGAAUAUUACUACGACGAUGGUACCCCGCUGUACUACACAGCGCAGGGUCGGGCCGGCGCCCAGUUCAAGGCCAAGAAAGUUGCCGACGAGUUCGCAGACUACGUCGACUGGUACUACAAAGCCCAUCCUGAUGCGGAAGACCGCAGCGUCGAUGAUUUCAUGCAGGAGUUUAUCAGUCGGCAUGAGUUGAUCACCCAAGAUGAGCGCCUGUGGGCGCCGCAGGCCGUCCGCGAGAUUGAACAGUGGAUCGCUACGGGUACGGCCGAAGCUUCGUGCAAAUAUCUCCAGUAUUUUAUCACUGAGCGCAACCUAUACAUGAAGGGCGGCUACGAUCGAAUCGUCGACUGGACCGCCGGGCCGCUACUGGAGAGCCCCCAUGCGCUGCAACUGAACCAUCGAGUAACCCGAGUGGCCUGGAGCGAUAACGCACAGGGACAGGAUGCUGUCCGCGUGGAGUGCGAGGAUGCUACAGGCUGCUGUAAGACGGUGACAGGUGACGCAGUGAUCGUGACCGUGCCGCUGGGAGCCCUCCAUCAUAAACUCCUCACAUUCGACCCGCCGUUGCCGGACGAUAUCCAGCAUGGCUUUUCUCAGCACUCGACAAUUGUGUUCGCCGCGACCCAGCAUCAUGUCGACUACCUGUACGCUCUGCUUGUUGAGGCAGGAUUCGCAACGUCUUAUGCCUACGGUUCCUUGGAUCAAACGGCUCGCAAGAUCCAGGUUGAGAAUUUCAGACAAGGCUUGUCCAAUAUUCUGGUCGUCACAGACGUGGCCGCUAGAGGUAUCGACAUUCCCGUGCUGGCUAACGUUAUCAACUACGAUUUCCCGUCGCAGCCAAAGAUCUUUGUUCACCGUGUCGGCCGUACGGCUCGAGCUGGCCAGAAGGGAUGGAGUUACAGUUUGGUUCGGGACGCAGAUGUUCCGUACCUUCUUGAUCUUCAGCUGUUCCUUGGCCGACGACUGGUUCUAGGCCGCCAAUUUGGGGACCAGGUCAACUUUGCCGAGGACGUGGUCACUGGAUGCGUCCCCCGGGAUCCGUUGUCCCGGAGCUGUGAAUGGGUGACUAAGGUCCUAGAUGAAGAUGCAGACAUUGCUACCCAGAGACAAGUUGCCCAGAAGGGUGAGAAGCUGUACAUGCGCACGCGCAAUGCGGCUUCAUUGGAAAGUGCCAAGCGAGCCAAACAGGUUGUCUCCUCCGAGGACUGGUCCACAAUUCAUCCGUUAUUCAAUGAUGCAGCGAGCCAGAUGGAAGCCGAGCGUGAGAAUAUGCUUGCCCGGAUCGGUGGCUACCGGCCACAGGAGACCAUUUUCGAGGCCAAUAACCGACGCAAUGGUAAAACCGAAGGGGACGCAUCCAUUGAUACAAUCAAACGCAUCCGCAAGACUGUGGAUGCGAAGAAGAAGCGGGCACAGGCGAACGAGCAAUCCGAGUCGCUCGAGUCAGGGGAAACCAAUGCGGCUGCGGAAGACGGGUUUGACGAGGAGGACGACGACAUUCCACAAGAGGCGGGUGACAACAUGUCGAUGGCAUCUGAUUCCGAUCUUGAGGUCACUUUUUCCGCGUAUUCACAACCAAACAACAAGAAAAACGAUGUGUCUGCCACAUCGUUCCAAAACCCCGACUACUUCAUGGGAUAUACACCUGCCAACCACAACAUGGCUGAAGACCGGGCCUACGGUGUUCACUCGGGCACAAACCAGAACUUUACCCAAGCGUCUCGCAACGUAACCAUAGAUCUUACUGGAGACGAAGGUGCCAAGGGCUUCGGCGAGGCACGUUCCAUUAUGCGCUGGGACAAACGGCACAAGAAGUACGUGGCUCGACAGAACGACGAAGACGGGUCAAAGGGCGAGCGGCUAGUCCGCGGUGAGAGCGGUGCCAAGAUCGCGGCCAGCUUCCGGAGCGGCCGUUUCCAAGCAUGGAAGAAGGGCAAGCGACUUGACCAUAUCCCUCGUGUCGGUGAAGCUGAGACACCUGGGAUGUCGAACGGAUUCAAAUCCGGCUUUGGUGGUGGACGGCGAUUCCGGCAUCAAAAGGACCAGGCGCCUAAGCGAGCAGAUCCGCUCCGCGACGACUAUGAGAAGAUGAAGAAAAAUGCGGCGGCCAAGGAACGUAACUUCAGCAAACCGGGUGGUGCUGCAGCUGGUGGAAAGAGCGAGAUUCACUCGACUGAUGAUAUUCGGAAAGCACGCAAGCUCCAGCAGAGGCGGCGCGAGAAGAAUGCCCGGCCGUCGAGAAAGCGAUGA